CCGCCGCCGCAGCCGCCGCAGCAGCCGCCGCCCCAGGCCCCCCCCAUGGAGCCCGAGGCCCCGGAUUCCCGCAAGAGGCCCCUCGAAACGCCCCCCGAGGUGGUCUGCACCAAGCGCAGCAACACCGGAGAGGAAGGCGAAUACUUCCUGAAGGUGCUGAUCCCCAGCUACGCGGCCGGCUCCAUCAUCGGCAAGGGUGGGCAGACCAUCGUGCAGCUGCAGAAGGAGACUGGAGCCACCAUCAAGCUCUCUAAGUCCAAAGACUUCUAUCCGGGAACCACAGAGCGAGUAUGCCUGGUACAGGGCACAGCAGAGGCCUUGAAUGCUGUGCACAGCUUUAUUGCUGAGAAGGUCCGAGAAAUCCCACAAGCAAUGACCAAGCCUGAAGUGGUCAACAUCCUUCAACCCCAAACCACAAUGAACCCCGACAGAGCCAAGCAGGCCAAGCUGAUCGUCCCCAACAGCACCGCGGGCCUGAUCAUCGGCAAGGGGGGCGCGACAGUGAAAGCCGUGAUGGAACAGUCGGGUGCCUGGGUGCAGCUGUCCCAGAAGCCGGAGGGCAUCAACCUUCAGGAGCGCGUGGUGACCGUCAGCGGCGAACCGGAGCAGGUGCACAAGGCCGUGAGCGCCAUCGUGCAGAAGGUACAGGAAGACCCCCAGAGCAGCAGCUGCCUCAACAUCAGCUACGCCAACGUGGCCGGCCCCGUGGCCAACUCCAACCCCACCGGCUCACCGUACGCUAGCCCCGCCGACGUGCUGCCCGCCGCCGCCGCCGCCUCUGCCGCCGCCGCCUCCGGGGGCCCGCUGGUGGCCGCCGCCGCGGCCGCCGGGGCCGCCGGGGGCUUCCUGACGGCCGAGAAGUUGGCGGCCGAGAGUGCCAAGGAGCUGGUGGAGAUUGCGGUGCCUGAGAACCUGGUGGGGGCCAUCCUGGGCAAAGGGGGCAAGACGUUGGUGGAGUACCAGGAGCUGACGGGCGCCCGCAUCCAGAUCUCCAAGAAGGGAGAGUUCCUGCCAGGCACGCGGAACCGGCGGGUCACCAUCACGGGCAGCCCCGCGGCCACGCAAGCCGCUCAAUACCUCAUCAGCCAGCGGGUCACCUACGAGCAGGGAGUGAGGGCCUCAAACCCCCAGAAAGUGGGAUGAGGCCCGUGGUGUCUGCUCCCACCCUCCUUCCUGUCCCUUCUCCUCCUCCUCCUUCUCCUCCCCCUCCCCCACACCCCCAACUCCUGACCUCAGCUCGGUGGAGUCCUGCUCUUCGUGGGAUGGGGCUGGGGUAGGCCUGACUGCACCCCCCCCCCUUCUGGUUAGUCAUAGGCAGGAUUGAGUGCUGGCUGGGGAUGGGGCCCAGAAGCUCCCUCCCCGGCCCCGGAACUGACCCCCUUCUUCCCUCCUCCCUAUGGCUGACUGGGCCUGACCCUCCUCUCCCAGGGUCCAGGUCUGUGUGAUAUCUGUAUAUAUUGCAUUUUGUUGAUUUUAAUAGAAAACAAAGCGUUAUUUUCUCUUUC